AUCGGACGGCGGAUGAAUUUUGGGCCGGCGAGGCCACCAUUGAGAGGCGUAGCGACGCAGCCGCGUUCGAAUAGCUUCCGUUCGCGUGCCGGCAGCCCCGGAUCCUCUUUUUAUAGCUACCAUGGCGGAGCCGGGAUCUCUGAACCUCAAUAACGAGGUUGUGAAGAUGAGAAAAGAAGUGAAGAGAAUCCGAGUUUUGGUUAUCCGAAAACUUGUCAGGAGUGUUGACAGACUGAAGUCAAAAAAGGGUACCAAAGAUGCAGUAUUAAAAAACCAAAGACGAGCACAACGAUUGCUCGAAGAAAUUCAUGCCAUGAAGGAGUUAAAACCUGAUACAGUAACUAAAUCUGCUCUUGGUGAUGAUAUCAACUUUGAAAAAAUCUGCAAAAAGCCUGAUUCUACUGCAACUGAAAGAGCAAUUGCCAGACUAGCAGUGCACCCUCUUCUGAAGAAAAAAGUAGAUGUGCUAAAAGCUGCUGUCAAAGCCUUUAAAGAUGCAAGACAAAAUGUUGCUGAAGUUAAGUCAUCAAAGAAUGCUUCAGAAGAAAAUCAUUCCAAGGACACUUUGUGUUCAAAUGAUGCCAGGAAGUUACAGCAUGAAGGAACUAUUAUCAGUGAGCAAGAAGAGAAAGAAGCCAAAAUAUUGGCAAAGAAACCAAUAAAUAAUUCAAAAGGAAAAAUAGCCAAGAUGGAACAUGGACCCAAAGCAGUGGACAUUCCAAAUUCUCCAUCAAAGCCUUCUGAAAAGGAUUCUGCAGUUCCUUCUGAACCCCAGAAGAUACCUGCUGACCCCAAAAUAAAAACAUCAAGUCAAAUAAAAAAGAAAGAGUCCAAUAGCUCACUUAGUAGUAACAGUGAUGGAGAAGAAUUACAUGAAGAAGAGAAGGAGUAUUUUGAUGAUAGCACAGAAGAAAGGUUUUAUAGACAAUCUUCCAUGUCUGAGGAUAGUGAUAGUGGUGAUGACUUCUUCAUUGGGAAAGUCAAACGGACACGGAAGAAGGAAAGUAGUUGUCAUUUUUCAGUUAAGGAACAAAGAGUCCCCCCAAAAUAUUUACCUGAAGAAGAUGUGCUUAAAACCCAUCAGGAUAUAAGAAAUGACAAAAACAAGCCACAUACAGAAGCAAGGAAGUUUGAGUCAGUGUUUUUCCAUUCUUUAUCUGGAUCUAAAAGCUCUGGAAGAGAACAGGUUCCAAAAAGCAAAACUCCAGGUUUUCAGCAAAUUGAACCUCAGAUCAAGAAUCAAUUUAAUAAGAGUACACAAAGAGGAUUUGAAAAUACAAAACAGAAAUCACAACUGCCUCUUCAUCCUUCAUGGGAAGCAAGCCGGAGGCGAAAAGAACAGCAAUCUAAAAUUGCUGUGUUUCAGGGGAAGAAAAUCACCUUUGAUGAUUGAUUAGUACCUACCUUUGUGUGAACUGUUUUAUAUAAAAAUUGUUUUUCUUUUUUAAGCCAGCCCAUUAUUUAAAUUUGUAUUGGAUUAAGUCUCUUUGAACAGCUUACAGAAAUAAAUUUGGUUUUGUCUUUAUUUUUCUUUUCUAAGUAUAUUCAGGUUAUAUUUAAACUGUCACAAAUCAAGUACAUAGUUAAGUUAAUUUUUAAUAUGUCCAGACUGUUCCCUCUAUAAAAGAAUUUUGAGAUAAUAGCUAUUUCAGAUUUUCUUAUUUAUGUUUUAUCAUGAUGUAUUUCACUGGUUUAGCUCUUUGUUUCUUUACCCUGAAAAUAAAUGUUGAGGUGUAUUUAAAAUAAUAGAACAAUAUGAGAAAAUUGUAGCUAUUUAAAAUAGAUCAUAUUUGCU